GUAACCUCGCGACCGACGUGUAGUGUAAAGGUCACUGGAUCUGGGCGGCGGGAGGCAGACGCUUAGGAGUUGAGUGACUUCGGGUCAUUGACUUUGUCCACUCUCCUACCCGGUCUGUUCCUGGUGGUGCGAGAAAUCUUGGAGAAAUUCAUUCAAGGCUUUUGGAUCAUAGACCAGUUAUUCAAGGAGAAACUCGUUAUUUUGUAAAAGAAUUUGAAGAAAAACGUGGUCUUCGAGAAAUGCGAGUUCUUGAAAAUUUGAAGAAUAUGAUCCAUGAAACAAAUGAACAUACUCUUCCCAGAUGUAGAGACACAAUGCGGGACAAUCUGAGCCACGUUCUCCAGAGAUUGCGAGCAGCUAAUGAGUCAGUCUACAAACUCCAGCAGAGGGAACAGGAACGAAAAAAGCAGAGAGGCGUGCCAUUUCGUUCUAGAAUACGCCGCAGGAGGAAGCCUGUCUAACUGGAUUGAACGAAAUAUCGUGGAGGAGGAGGAGGCCCGAGGCAAGUUCCAACAAAUGCUGUCCGCCGUGAGGUACCUCCACCGCCGCAGCAUCGCUCACCGAGACCUAAAACCAGACAACAUGCUGUUAGAUGUUAAGGGAAACAUAAAAAUUGCUGAUUUUGGAUCGGCCACGAGUUACCAUGAGGGGCAGAGGCUGACAAUAGCUCAUGGGACCCUGGCCUACAUGGCCCCAGAACUCUUCGGGGCCCAGGGCUAUGAAUGCCCCGCCCUGGACAUAUGGAGCCUAGGCGUCACGCUGUUCCAGAUGGUGUCCAACAACCUGCCCUUCUUCGCAGUGAGUCGUACGCAACUGAAACGCCUAAUUCUAUCUGGCCAGUAUGCUAGCCCGCACUAUUUUUCUGAAAACCUUAAAAGACUAAUUAAAAACCUUUUAACGCCUGAUCCUAAUGAGCGGCCGACAGCAGACAAAGUCAUGGGGGAAUCAUGGGUGAACAACGGCCUUCACAGGAAGUCAGACCCCCAGCAUGCCCCCACGGCCUCCCUGACCAUCGAGCGCACUUGUGGAGAUUUAGAAAACUUGGCACGGCAAGCCCUCCAGUGUGACCGUGUGGCCUCCUCCAUUGUAAGCGCCAUAGGCGGUGGUGAUGCUUUAGAAACCUUGGCAGAGCAAGCCCCCCAGCGUGACCUCGUGUCUGCAGCCUCCACCAAGUGCUCCACCGGCAGUGAAAAUUUAGAAACUUUGGCUCAACCAGCCCUCCCGCAUAACUUCACGGCCGCCUCCACCCAGAUCACCACCCAGAGCACCGUGGCUCAACAACCAGGACACGAAGGCAGCGUCCUCCAAGCUGGGCAGCCCGAGGCUGUGUUGGCCCGGCCAACAAGAGGCUGGAGCUGCCGCAGGGCUGCCCGAAGGUGCAUUGCCAUAAUAAGGAGAUGCUGCUGCUGCCUGUGCCCAUCCAAGAGGCAGAGUAAGAGGGUCCACCCAAGAGAAAAAAUUGGAGAGGACGAAGGCCCGGAGGUCCAGGAACAUUGAAACCUGAGAUGCCCAGGAGCAACGUUGGAGCCUGCAGCACUUUAUAUAAAAAAAAAUAAAAAUAAAUUUGUCAUUCUGAUAAAUGACCAUUUCUUGCUUCUUGCAAAUUUUGUAGUAGCAUUGGAAAGACACUCUGCUGCUUUCUGCCCUCCCUGCACAGGACCGGGGCUAGAGAAGGGCAAGGCUGGAGGCAAAGGAAAAGGCAGAUUUACUAGCACCUGCCUUAAUUUAAAGAAAAGCAGGGUUUAUGAAAGGAUGGAGGAGGACGUGGAAGAGAGCAAGAAAAAGAUAUAGCUAAACCAGAGUCUAAAACCUGGUCCAGACUGGAGAGAGUUCAAUGUGCAGUGUGGAAAAAGAAAGGACAUUGAAAGCAUGCAUGCCCCAAAAGAAUGGUCUAUAAAGAUCACGCGGUUUACCCCCAUGCAAUACCUAAUGGUGGGAUAUGAUCCAAACUGGUGGGUCACUGUCUUACACUACUACUAUUGUGGCUGUAAGAGUAUCAGGUAAAAACGAACAAAAACCCUUAUGCCAAUCAAAAUAUGUCACUGGAAGACAAGAGGUGCAGCAGAAGUUCUUAUAUCUUCCCAGCUGCCCUGUUCCUUUGUUGGGGAGGAAUCUGCUCCAAAAACUACAAGUACACAUUUCUUUUUUCUUUUUUUUUGAGAAGGAGUUUCGGUCUUGUUACCCAGGCUGGAGUGCAAUGGCACGAUCUCGGCUCACCGUUAACUUCUGCCUCCUGGGUUCAGGCAAUUCUCCUGCCUCAGCCUCCCGAGUAGCUGGGAUUACAGGCACGCGCCACCAUGUCCGUUAAUUUUCACCAUGCCCAGCUAAUUUUUUGUUUUUGUUUUUUUUUUUUUUUGAGACGGAGUUUCGCUCUUGUUACCCAGGCUGGAGUGCAAUGGCGCGAUCUCGGCUCACUGCAACCUCCGCCCCCUGGGUUCAGGCAAUUUUCCUGCCUCAGCCUCCUGAGUAGCUGGGAUUACAGGCACACGCCACCGUGCCCAGCUAAUUUUUUGUAAUUUUAAGUAGAGACGGGGUUUCACCAUGUUGACCAGGUUGGUCUCGAUCUGCCGACCUCGUGAUCCACCCGCCUCGGCCUCCCAAAGUGCUGGGAUUACAGGCUUGAGCCACCGCGCCCGGCCAAUUUUUGGUUUUUUAGUAGAGACGGGGUUUCAUCAUGUUGACCAGGAUGGUCUCGAUCUCUUCGAUCUCUUGACCUCGUGAUCCACCCGCCUCGGCCUCCCAAAGUGCUGGGAUUACAGGCGUGAGCCACCGUGCCCAGCCUGUGGUUUGCAUUUUUAAAGCUCCCUGGGCUGCCCAGAGGAAAGGCUGUAGGGGGCGGGCAUGAAACAGGUAGGCAGGUUUCCGAGGCUGCUUCCGACUUGGUGCGGGGUCGUCUGGCAGCGGCUACGAGGGGGAACCAAGGGAGUACUUACCACUAGGGGGAGGGCCUUGGCCAAUACCUCUGCUCAGUGGGGAGCCAGGCCCUGCCCCAGGUGGUACCUCCUAUCUUGCCCAAAGUGAGGGGCUUGUAAGGAACUUUCUCUCCGUCAUCCGCAGGGUGGAGCGGAGCUCUCUGGGGUCUGGAGUCCGGGAAGAGUCGAAGGCUUGUGAGCGGCCCAGGCGCGGGCGCCUGCGGCGGGAGGGCGGGACCAGGAGGUUGGCAUCGCAGGACCUGUGCGCACCGAAGCACAGCAAGUAAGUCUCAGCCAAGACUGCCCGGCUACCACCAGCUCCUGCGGAGCGUGCACACCUGGGCGUGCACGUGCAUCUGGGAACUGCCAAGCCGUGCCACAUUUUCUCUCCUUCUGGCCUGGCCUUCAGAGUUUGACCCGCAGCGGCUGAGCGCAGGGCCUCCUCUACUGAAGGCAGCUCCCAGGGCUUCAGAAACUUGCAGUCAGUGGUGGGAGAGCCGGAACAGACCUGCGCAAUAAGAACCAGAUGAUGAUGUUGCUGUAGUAGAGUUUGCAGAGUGCAGAGAAGUGAGCAAACGGUGACAGCAGAGAGGAAUCCAGAAGGCUUCCAGGAGGAGGCACCAUUUGUGAUUUGGGGUUGUAGCAGGAGGAGAAAGUUGACAGGUGAAUAAGGGGAGGGCAUGCCUGCCAGGCAAACCAUCUGUGAUGGGGAAAUGUCCAGUCUGCACCAUGACUCCACUGUUCACUUUCCUGACUAAGUAGGAACCACUGGACUCCUCUCUUGUCCUGGGCCUUUUUGUGUAGUCCAUCCUUUAUUUUAUUUUAUUAUUAUUUUUUGAAAUGGAGUCCCGCUCUGUUGCCCAGGCUGGAGUGCAGUGGUGUGAUCACAGCUCACUGCAACCUCUGCCUCCCCGGUUCAAGCGAUUCUCCUGCCUCAGCCUCCUGAGUAGCUGGGAUUGUAGGAAUGCGCCACCACCCCUGGUAAUCUUUUUUUUUUUUUGAGACGGAGUCUUGCUCUGUCCCCAGGCUGGAGCACAGUGGCGUAAUCUGGGUUUACUGCAACCUCUGCCUCCCGGGUUCAAGCAAUUCUUCUGCCUCAGCCUCCCGAGUAGCUGGGACUACAGGCCUGUGCCACCACGCCCGGCUAAUUUUUGUAUUUUUAGUAGAGACGGGGUUCCAUGUUGGCUAGGGUGGUCUCGAACAUCUGACUCAGGUGAUCCGCCCACCUCGGCCUCCCACAGUGCUGGGAUUGCAGGCAUGAGCCCUCGUACCCAACCCACCUGUUUAUGUUUAGCUCAUUUUCUCCCCGCCAUCCAUCCCCCUCCAUACCCCCACUCUGCCUUUGCUGGAGCCCUAAAUCACCACCCUGGCCUUCCAUCCUCUCAAGGCAUCUGCCCCACCACUGCCAGGGUGCUCUCUUCCUUGCUCCCUCUCUGUAACCCCUGCCCACCCUGUACCUCUCAGCCACAGCACCUGCUCCAGCCCUGGUUUCCUCACAGCUGCUUGGUUUUAGGGCUAACAGGAUUCACUGCAUGUGAUUACUUGCUCUUGCCACAGGAGACGCAGCAUGAAGGGAGGCCCUGGGGGUGCGGGCAGAGGUUUCAGGGGAGCUUUGUCUCCAUGUCUGCAGUGUCCAGCAUGGUGUCAGGUUUAAUAUAUGACACUAGACUGAAUGAGCAGAGGGUGGCAUGCAGCAGGAGGCUUGAGGAUAGGGGUGGGUGAGAGCUGCAGAAGCAGGCAGGUGUUAGACUACACAGAGCCUUACAUGCCAACCUAUGCAGCUUGGCAUUCAUCCUCAGAGCAGUGGGAGCCAGAGAGGGCUGGAGACCUGGGAGAGUGGCCUGGUAAGAUGUCUGGUGAAGGGCCAGGGGGCUAAUGUGGAGGCUGUCACAGUGGUCGCAGUGAGCUGUGACAGUGGCGGGUGGGGUGGACAGGAAAACAGAGAAGUGGUUCUCAACUGGGGGCAAUUUUGCCACCACCCCCCCAAGCAUUGAGCAUUGCCUGGAGACACACCAGUGUCACAACUUGGGGAGUGCUACUGGCAUUGAGUGGGUAGAGGCCAGGGACGCUGCUCAAUAUCCUUGGGACAGCCCGAAUAACAAGGAGUGAUCUGGCCUUAAGUGUCAACAGUGCUGACGGUGAGAAACCCUGCCCUGUGGGAAAACCCAGAGAAUCACCUGCAGGGUGUGGGGAAAUGGAGCGUAUCUCAGCCUGAACUCUUGGAGCCACGCUGAGGCUUGGCUCUGCCGUAUUUUAGCCAUGUAAGAACCCUGGGUGAGUGUCACUCAACCUCUCUGCAUAUGGUUUCCUCCUUUUUUUUUUUUUUGAGAUGGAGUUUCCCUCUUGUUGCCCAAGCUAGAAAGCAAUGGCAUGAUCUCGGCUCAUUGCAACCUCCACCGCCUCCCCCGGCCCCCCCCCCCCCCACCCUGUGUUCAAGCAAUUCUCCUGCCUCAGCCUCUUGAAUAGCUGGGAUUACAAGCAUCAGCCACCACACCCGGGUAUGUUUUUGUUUUAGUAGAGACGAGGUUUCUCCAUGUUGGUCAGGCUGGUCUCAAACUCCCAACCUCAGGUGAUCCUGCUGCUUCGACCUUCCAAAAUGCUGGGAUUAUAGGCAUGUGCUACCAUGACCAGCUAAUUUUUGUAUUUUUACUAGAGAUGGGAGUUCACCAUAUUGCUCAGGCUGGUCUUGAACUCCUGACCACAGGUCAUCUGCCUGCCUCAGCCUCCCAAAGUGCUGGGAUUACAGGCAUGAGUUGCCGUGCUCAGCUGCAUCCUGGGUUCUUUGCUGUUCCUUGCCCACACCCAGCUUACCCUGCCUCAGGGCCUUUGCCCUCACUGUUCCCUCUGCCUUGGAGACCCUGCCUCUGGGAGUCUAUGUGACUCACUACCUCACCUCCUGAGGUCUCUGCUCAGCGGUCACCUUCUAAAGGGGUAUUUCUUUUUAAUUUUUUAAAUUUUUAUUUAUUUUUUAUUUUUUUGCAGAAAUGUGUGCAACUAAAGGAGUAUUUCUAAACCACACAAUGUUUAAAAAAAAAAAAAAAAAAGGCAAUGGGUGCUCUGGCUCACUCUGGCAACCAAUCCCAGCACCUAGGGAGGCCAAGGUGGGUGGAUCACUUGAGCCCAGGAGUUCAAGACCAGCCUGGGCAAUAUAGCAAGGCCCUGUCUCAAACAAAAAUCAAACAUAAAAUAUUCCUUAAGUAUUGCUUGAAUGAAUGGUAUGAGUGAAAAACUACCAGGAGUCAGAGAAGUAGGAAGGAAAUGAAGAGAAGAUAGGAUAGUAGACAACAGUGCAGGGGCUGAAUGGACCAUGGGAGAGGCUGGGGUCCUGGCCUGGCCUGGGCAUGAAGCCUCAAUCAUCUGCCCUCCCCAGGCCCUUCUACCCAGGCCUGCUCUGUUUUACCAGCUCCUAGACAUGGCUCCUCUAGCCCAGGCAGAUGGCCAGGCCUGAACAGAGUGUCCUUACCCUUCUGAUAAGCUGCUUCCUUUCAGGGCCACAAAGGGCAGAAUGUGUCCUGCUGCUCAGGAAGUGCCCAAGAGCCUGGACAGGCCCCUGGAGUGGGUAAGGGGCUGGGCAUUUGCCACCUUGGCAGCUACCCUGUGCAGAGGCAAAGCGGAGAGGAGCAAGGGGCAGGGACCAGGGCAGAUCCCUACCCUUCCCCAACAUGCCCUACUCCUCACAGUCAGCAAAUCUCCAUUUUUAAAUUUUUACUUUUUGAGAUGGAGUUUCACUCUUGUUGCCCAGGCUGGAGUGCAGUGGAGUAAUCUUGGCUCACUGCAACCUCUGCUUGCUGGGUUCAAAUGUUUCUCCUGCUUCAGCCUCCUGAGUAGCUGAGAUUACAGGUGCCUGCCACUAUGCCUGGCUAAUUUUUUCUAUUUUUAUUUUAUUUAUUUUAUUUUUAUUAUUUUUUUGAGAUGGAGUUUCGCUCUUGUUACCCAGGCUGGAGUGCAAUGGCGCAAUCUCAGCUCACCGCAACCUCCACCUCCUGGGUUCAGGCAAUUCUCCUCAGCCUCCUGAGUAGCUGGGAUUACAGGUACGCGCCACCAUGCCCAGCUAAUUUUUUGUAAUUUUAGUAGAGAUGGGGUUUCACCAUGUUGACCAGGAUGGUCUCAAUCUCUUGACCUCAUGAUCCAUCCGCCUCAGCCUCCCAAAGUGCUGGGAUUACAGGCGUGAGCCACCGUGCCCGGACUAUUUAUUUUAUUUAAUUAAUUAAUUUAUUUAUUUAGCAAUGGAGUCUCACACUGUCACCCAGGUUGGAAUGCAGUGGCACGAUCUGGGCUCAUUGCAACCUCCGCCUCCUGGGUUCAAGCAAUUCUCCUGCCUCAGCCUCCCAGAGUAGCUGGGACUACAGGAG